AUGAAAUACUUCGCCCGUCGCAAAAGUUACUUCGCUCAAGCGAGCGGCGCGCUCGCAGCCGGCACGAUUGCGUCCCCGUGGAGCGCAGCGGCCGGCGCGCCCGACACCAACGGAUCGGGCGGCGCCGACGCGAAGCACCUGGACGUCGGCGACGCGAGCGACGAUGAGAAGGAUCUAUCGGCAGCCGACGCGGAGGGUGUAUGGAGUCCAGACAUCGAGCAGAGUUUUCAAGAAGCGCUGGCUAUAUACCCGCCAUGCGGCAGACGCAAAAUCAUACUCUCCGAUGAGGGCAAGAUGUACGGAAGGAACGAGCUCAUAGCGAGAUACAUUAAGCUGAGGACUGGAAAAACACGCACGAGGAAACAAGUCUCCUCCCACAUACAGGUGCUGGCGAGGCGGAAACUGCGCGAGAUUCAGGCCAAACUCAAAGUGGACGGUGGUGUGAUGAAAGAAAAGGCGAUGCAGUCUAUGACCGCUCUGUCGAGCGCGCAGAUUGUGGCCGGUUUGCCGCAUCCGGCUUACCAUCAUACGCAAUUUUGGCAGCCCGGUCUACAAGCUGGAACUUCACAAGACGUGAAGCCGUUCCCCGGGGCCGGCUACAAGGGCGUGGGCGGCGUGGGUGUGGGCGUGGGGGUGGGAGUGGGCGUGGGCGGCGCGGCGGACGUGGCGCCGCCGCCGCCGUGGGAGGGGCGCGCGAUCGCCACGCACAAGCUUCGCCUCGUCGAGUUCUCCGCGUUCGUCGAGCACCCGAGAGACGCCGACACGUAUCCCCCAAGUACAGCGCCGGCGCAACACCUCUUCGUCCACAUAGGGGGCACCGUCACGUACGCGGAUCCCUUAUUAGAAUCGGUAGACGUGCAGCAAAUAAACGACAAGUUCCCCGAGAAGAAGGGCGGCUUGAAAGAGCUGUACGAGAAGGGGCCAAGGAACGCCUUCUUCCUCGUCAAGUUCUGGGCUGACCUGAACACCAACAACCUUGACGAUCCCGGCGCUUUCUACGGCGUCACUAGUGUGUACGAGAGCAACGAGAACAUGACGAUAACGUGCAGCACGAAGGUGUGCUCGUUCGGCAAGCAGGUGGUGGAGAAGGUGGAGACGGAGUACGCGAGGUUCGAGGGGGGCCGCUUCGUGUACCGCAUCCAGCGCUCGCCCAUGUGCGAGUACAUGGUCAACUUCAUCCACAAGCUGAAGCACCUGCCCGAGAAGUACAUGAUGAACAGCGUCCUCGAGAACUUCACCAUACUGCAGGUGGUGUCGAACAGAGAUACGCAGGAGACGCUUUUGUGCGCGGCGUUCGUUUUCGAAGUGUCGAACAGCGAGCACGGGGCGCAGCACCACAUCUACAGGCUCGUCAAAGAC